CCCCUUAUCCUUUCUGGCGUCUCUCUCUCUCUCUCUCUCUCUCUGACUCUCUCUCACUCACUCGCCCCGCGUGUCUCCCAUGGAGCCGGCGCUUGGCAGGAGCUUGGGCGCGUCGUCGGUGGCGGCGCUGCGGCCGUGCGCGGCAAGGACGCCGGGCGCGACCUCUGUCGCGCCGCGGGUGAGCGGGGCGGUGAGGCGCGCGAAAGGGGUGAGGUGGGAGGCGGGGAGGAGUAGCGGGAGGCCGCUGCGUGUGAGGUGCGAUGCGGCCGUGGCGGAGAAGCCCGCCGGGGAGGAGGCGGCUGAGGAGCAAUUUGAGUAUCAGGCGGAGGUGAGCCGCUUAAUGGAUUUGAUCGUCCAUAGUCUGUACAGUCACAAGGAAGUGUUUCUCAGGGAGCUUGUAAGUAACGCGAGUGAUGCAUUGGAUAAGCUGCGGUUUCUCGGUGUUACUGAUUCAUCUUUACUCGCUGAUGGCGGUGAGUUGGAAAUAAGGAUUAAAUCAGACCCAGAAGCUGGAACAAUUACUGUGACUGAUACUGGCAUUGGCAUGACGAAAGAUGAGCUCAAGGACUGCCUUGGUACAAUUGCUCAGAGUGGUACCUCAAAGUUUUUGAAGGCUCUCAAGGAGAACAAGGAGGUUGGGGCUGACAAUAGUCUAAUUGGCCAGUUUGGCGUUGGAUUUUAUUCAGCUUUUCUUGUAGCCGAGAAGGUUGUGGUGUCCACAAAAAGCCCAAAAACGGAUAAACAGUAUGUAUGGGAAGCUGCUGCUGACAGUAGCUCUUACGUCAUCAAGGAAGAGACUGAUCCUGAGAAAAUGCUUACUCGUGGAACUCAGAUUACUCUCUUUUUAAGACCUGAUGAUAAGUACGAGUUUGCUGACCCUACAAGGAUUCAAGGCUUAGUUAAGAACUACUCUCAGUUUGUGUCAUUCCCCAUAUAUACAUGGCAGGAGAAAUCAAGAACUAUUGAGGUCGAAGAGGAUGAAGAGUCAAAAGAAGGUGAAGAGGCAACUGAGGGUGAAAAGGAGAAAAAGAAGAAGACCAUUACUGAGAAAUACUGGGACUGGGAACUGGCUAAUGAAACAAAGCCCAUAUGGAUGAGAAAUCCAAAGGAAAUCGAGAAAGCCGAAUACAAUGAGUUCUACAAGAAGGCGUUCAAUGAGUUCCUAGAUCCUCUUUCCUACACUCACUUCACAACAGAGGGCGAGGUGGAAUUUAGGAGUGUUAUCUACAUUCCAGGAAUGGCACCGAUGAGUAACGAGGAGAUAAUGAAUCCCAAAACCAAAAAUAUCCGGUUAUAUGUCAAAAGAGUAUUCAUCUCCGAUGACUUUGAUGGUGAACUGUUUCCCCGGUACUUGAGCUUUGUGAAAGGUGUUGUUGAUUCAAAUGACCUUCCCCUCAAUGUUUCUCGGGAGAUUCUUCAAGAAAGUCGAAUUGUAAGAAUUAUGCGCAAGAGACUUGUCAGGAAGACAUUUGAUAUGAUUGAGGAGAUUUCUGAAAAAGAGGACAAGGAGGACUACAAGAAGUUCUGGGAGAGCUUUGGAAAGUUCAUCAAGCUUGGUUGCAUUGAGGACACAGGAAAUCAGAAGCGCCUUGCCCCACUCCUACGCUUCCCCUCUUCUAAAAAUGAGGGAGACAUGAUUAGUCUUGAUCAAUAUGUAGAGAACAUGCCAGAGAACCAAAAGGCAAUCUAUUACAUUGCUACAGAUAGUCUCCAAAGUGCAAAGACUGCUCCGUUCUUGGAAAAGCUGGUCCAGAAAGACAUUGAAGUUCUUUACCUUAUUGAGCCAAUUGAUGAGGUUGCCAUUCAGAACUUACAGACUUACAAAGAGAAGAAGUUUGUUGAUAUAAGCAAAGAGGACCUGGAAUUGGAUGAUGAAGAUGAGGACAGUACAGAAAGCAAGCAGGAAUACACUCUCCUGUGUGACUGGGUAAAACAACAACUUGGUGACAAGGUGGCAAAGGUUCAAAUAUCAAAGCGUCUCAGCUCUUCUCCAUGUGUACUUGUAUCUGGCAAGUUUGGUUGGUCCGCCAACAUGGAAAGGCUUAUGAAGGCACAAACACUUGGUGACACAUCAAGCUUAGAGUUCAUGAGGGGAAGAAGGAUUUUUGAAAUUAAUCCCCAACAUCCAAUUGUCAAGGAUUUGAAUGCUGCUUGCAAAAAUGAGCCUGAAAGUGUUGAAGCCAAGAGGGCUGUCGAACUUCUAUAUGAGACCGCUCUGAUCUCCAGUGGAUAUACUCCUGAAAGUCCGGCUGAAUUGGGUGGCAAGAUUUACGAGAUGAUGUCAAUUGCUCUUGGUGGGAGAUGGGGUAGGUCUGACACUGAAGCUGACACAACCAAUGAGACCACAGAGGCUGACUCAUCCGAAGGCCCCGUAACUGAGGUGAUUGAGCCUUCUGAAGUGAGGCCUGAGAGUGACCCAUGGAGGGAUUAGUGAGUUACUCUCUCAGGCAUCCUUGUUAGACCUUCAGAUUUUGUUAUUAUGGGAGAUAAAAUCAUGGGCUAGAGAACAUGGUUUGGUCAUAAAUUUUUACAGGGUCGCUGCCAGGAGCCAGGAAAUUUUGUAGGUGUAGACUCGCUGGCCACUUCCAUUAUUUUAGGGGUGGUCUUAUCAAUAAAACAUGAAGUAUAAUUACUUUGCCACAAAGUCGUCAUCUGCUGCUCUAAGAACUUCUGUGGGUGUUACUCUUGUUUUUCUUUUUACAACAGUUGCUACUGAUUACUGAAUAUCUUUUCUGGUAUCGAAUGGUACAGCUUGUAUUCUGGACUUUA